AAUUCCUAGUGGGAACUACCUUGACGCUAUCAUAAUGAUCAGUUGAUUGAAAAAAUAUGAGAACUUAUCAGAGGCUUUGAUACGUGGAAUAUGACAUCUAGAAAGCUGACCAGCGGUCAGAAAUUGAUUGAAUCGAAUCAGAGUUCACGAGAUGAGAGGCAGAAUACAGUUAGUCCUCCGCAAGCUUGGCUUGACCAAUCCAUUAUUGAAAUUGGUGGUGAAUCGUUGCAGGAAUCAUCUAACAGGCAGUUAAGUAAAAAAUCUUUACAGAAUUCAGGCAAGAAAGUCGAGUUGACAAGAUCAGAAAGAGUAUUGUAUCAAGAUGGAGGGUCAAUGGAUAGCGAAGAUAAUAUACCAUAUCCUAUUGCUGCUUCAGAAGCAUGGAGAUCUGUAGAUGUCAUUGUCGAUAUUCAUAAUGAAAAUAAAGAACAUGCAUCAAGAGCAGUGGCUCGUAGCUCAGGAUAUGAAAAUUCACAGAGACCGCACACCAAGCCAUCUUCAAGUGGAAAACUAUUCAAGCCCAGAAGUGCGCCUGAAAAUACAAGUGCUUAUUGGUCGGUUGAGGAAAAAAAGGAUGCUCAGAAAUUCACCAAGACUCGCUAUGAGAAGGAAAACAUUCUGCAGAUUGAAGAAUCGAUAGAUAGUAUUGAAGACUUUGAAGAAAUAUCCAACGUCGAUUCGUUAACCUCAAGACCAGAACUUUUGGAGCGCAGGAUUACAAAACCACUUGAACACUUUGAAGCAUGUAACGAUUUAGAUAAUCCAAACGUUGUUGAGAAUUAUCCACAAUUAUUUGGAUCUGAGGAGCCAAGCGUUGGUACAUCAAAAGAGCAUUCAGUGAUGGAACGAAAUUUAGCAAAAGAUGAACCCAAACGGAGGCGCAAGCGGUGGACAAAGGCUGACAAAAAUAUGCAUUUAACUCAGGAUUUGAUUGCAGACUCAUCUGAUACUAACCCAUCGAUUGAACGUCAUCCCAGAACCCUUACCCAUCGUAGACCUAAGCCGGUUCCUGCACCUCGCAGUAAAAGAAAUUUACAAACUACACCUUCUGAAUCAAGUUUGGCGUUUGAUAACCCUGCUUUUCGAUCAGAUCCUGAAGAAGUCCUUCGUAUAGAAACGGAAGUCUAUGAACCCCAAGGAACGUCUGAUAGUGGUCAAAAUUAUCAACAGAGUACUAAGAUAAAACUGACCAACUAUUACAAUCCACAUGACAGAACACAAGAAAUCCAAAAGAAGUUGCUUUAUUCCGAGAUCGACUUGACUGACUCCUCCAUAACUGUAGAUAACAAACAAAUAAAGACGAUUCCAACUAUUGAGGCAUUAGACUCUGUUGAUUCAAGUGACGAAUUGGAAACUGAAAUUCUCCAGGGUGACAAGAGCCAAGUUUAUCAAACAUCAAUUACUCCAUGUAGACUUCAAAAGUUGUGUAGCCCUAGGUCUGUAAUCGAUACUAGUGAACUUUCAGAAAAUGAUGAGGAUUUAGUUGACCAGACUCGAUUGUCAAAGAAUCGUGAACAUGGAUUUCAGAGCAGAAAAAUAACACAAAGGAGUCAAGAAUUCUCAAGUUUUGAUACGGGUAAUUCUUUGACAGACAUAAGUGAUCUACCCAGAAGUAAGUCAUGUGAAGAACGUUCUCGAAAAAUUAAGUCACAUCAGCAAAGUUAUGGAAAAAAAUCGAAACAUUCGGAGAAGCAAAAAGUAAACUCAGAAAAUAACAGCACUACUAAAAAACGUAAAUCAAAACGUAGUAAAAAUGUUAGUAAAAGUAAAUCUGGCAGGCGGAAUAGUGCAGAUGAUUUGAUAGAAUAUAACGCAGUAAAAAUUGACCGUCACAUUUCUAUUACAAUUCACAAAGCUGAUCUUUUGGAAACAGAUUUCAUAACUAGACAUCCUAUGGUAAAAGUUUAUAUCGUUAGAAUGAACACUGGAAGUUAUUUAAAGAUUACACAAAGUGAAAACCAUGGAAAGUGUUCUUACCUACAACCAAUCAUCACCAGAAAAUUUGACUACAAAGAGAAUCGAUCCAUUGUACCUAAUUGGGAAGAAGAACUGAUUUUUGAGUACAAUUUUGAUGAAAUAAUUCGGGCGACCGAUGAACCAAUAUUAAUUUUAUUUGAAAUUUUGGAUCUACUAAACUUCUCCGCAGCUAGUUUCAACUACAGUACAUUGGGCAGCGACGGAUGCUGGCAGAAAAUAGCCUGGGCUUUCUUGAGACCUAUCGGAAUAAGUGGUGUUGCUCAUGUGAAUAAAAAAGUUAGACUACAACUCUACAGGCCGGUAAAAACGUCAAAAAAGUCUGGAUGGAUCGGAAAAUGUGAGGUGUAUAAUUGGUGGAAAUCUACUACUCGAGAGAAAUAUCCAAGCAGCUUAUAUGUAACAUUAAAAUCUAUUGAGCCGCCAAUAGUAGAACCAAUAGUUUAUGAAAGAAUGAGUUGUAACGAUACCCCUGAACUAGUAGACGAGUCUCAUGGGAGUUUACGAAAAUCAUCUGACCUAUUGGAGCUACCGAAAUGGACAAGAUUAGCUGCACAAUCUUGCAAAAUACCUAACAAUCAUCUAUUUGAAUCUGAGAACUUUGAGAAUGGAUGCUUCUAUCUCACAUUCAGUAACAAUGGCAAAUAUUUAGCUUGCAUUGGCUGUGAAGAAAACAACUACCCUAUAGUGAUAUACUCGAUCCCGGACGGAAAUUUACAUGUUCAGUUUGUUGGGCAUAAAAAUUUUGUCUACGGUCUUCAUUGGUCGAACGACGAUAAAUAUUUAUUAUCAGUAUCAUCCGAUCAAACAGCAUGUAUUUGGGACGUAGGGAACAAAAUGAUCGAACAUAUUCAGAUGUUACCUCACCCGUCGUAUGUUUACUGCGGUAAGUUUUACGCAGGAAGUAAGCAUGUCAUAAUAACAGGGUGCUACGACUGUAUAGCAAGAGUAUGGACGAGGCAUAGAAAUGGCAAGAAUUACGAACUGAUCCAAGAAUUAGAUGAGCAUAAGGGAUACGUAAAUUCAUUAUGCUUUCAAAAAGAUGGUACUUUAAUCACUGCCGAUAGCAUCGGUGCUAUUAUAGUGUGGCAAAUGAUCAAGAGAAAGGGUACCGGUACGUCCGUGAGAGAGUGGCAUGUUUCCAAUACAAUAAAAAUUAAUGAAAUCAAAAAUAUUGUCAUCAAUACAAUCGUCCUACAUCCACUUGGCGCCAGGAUGUUGGUUCACUCUCGAGACAAUGGGCUACGCAUGGUUGAUCUUUCUACUGGAGUUGUAUUGCAAAGAUACAGCGGACUCAGAAAUCGGAGACUUCAAAUCACUGCGUGUAUAUCCCCAUGUGGUGGGUUGAUUUUGUGCGGAGGUGAAGAUUCUUAUUUAAACAUUUGGAACCUGGAGGAUGGAAAAUGUGUAGCAAAAUAUUUGAUAAAAAAUGCCAAGGUUAUAUCUUGCGUGGCUUAUCAUCCUUUGGAUCACAUACUAGCAUUUUCUAUAUUUGGGGCUGUUUCUGCUGUCCAGAUUAUUAAUUUUGAAAAGUCUGCGACAGGAGAAAAUGUUGCAUUAAGCUUACUGGCACAUGAUGAACUAGAUGAUGAUAGUGAGAACAUUGAAAUCACAAUGAAAUUGAAUGAAAAUAAUCACAAGCCACUCGAUGAAAUGAGUUUGAAUAACAGCAGAUACCGAACAAUGUGGAGCAAGAGCCUGGAUUCUAAAUAUUUGGUUAACAGAAAUAAAAGCAUUUUCCAAAAUGAAAGAAGGCUAGUAUCGGAAGCUAAUAGAAGUUUCAAGACAAAUAUGAAGUUGUCAGCUAAAAAUCAAGAAGAGUCUAAGAAUCAAGACUCUAAUACCAGGCAAGAAUUGCUAAGAUUGAAAAUAGAACGAUUUAACGAUUCUGAUGAAGGCCUGAAAUCGAAAAGUGCUGCUAGGUUGAAUAACAUAAUAGAAAAAAUUGACAAAAUUCUCAUAAAUACAACAAUGAAACGAGAUUUGGACUCAACGCGUAGCUCUAAUCAGAUGCGAAGACAAAAUUUAACGCAAGUAUCAUUUCAUUCCGAGAGAAAUUCUAGUAGUAAAAAUAAGAAUAAAAGGAGAACAAGGUCCUUGAAAAGCCGAAACAAGUGUGAUAGUUCUACAUCAAAUACCGAUGCAACAAUGGAUCUAUAUGACGAUAGUAACGAAUUAAUAGAGAUGCAAAAUGUUGGUUCUGUUAGUUACGAGACCUCAGAGAAUGAAAAACUAUCAAAUCCAAAAAAAAGGCACUCUCGACUCACACAUCAUACCAGUACUGCAAAAGAUCUUCCACCUCACAGUGACGCACAAACCAAUGAAAAUCGUUUCCUGUACAAGAGUAGCGAAUCUCUACGAGAAGCAUCUCAUCAAAAUGAAUUUGAUUAUCCUUCAGACGCAGAGGAGGGAUUAUACCAUAAUCAAAAUCAGCUUACCACUUCAUCAAAUGACAAGCUUCCGCGUCGCAAUGAAACUUGUAUAGUAGUUUUAGAGAACUCGAAUGACAAUUUUCCAAACAACUCCAGCACUCCUGAUAGUGCUGAGACUUACACAGUGGGAUUAAAUGAAUUUCCAAAAACCAGUGCAUCAGAUAGAAAUAAAGCAACAGAUACGAGUAGUUCUGCAAAGAGCAACGCAACUUUUAUUAUCGAAAACGAAGUGUCUUCCCGAAGGAGAGGUUCGGAUGGAAAAAGAUGAUGAAAUGUAUCCUGGGAAUACUAUGCAAACUCUCAUGUGGAAAAUAAAGCUGGCCGUCUAA